GAAAAGCCAAUAACAAUAUCCAGUGGGAUGAGGACUCCAUAGAAUAUAUGCCAGCUGACCCAGUCAGGAUCGUGUUUGUCUUGGUCGUCCAUGGCAGAGCUUCUCGCCAGCUGAUGCGCAUGUUCAAGGCGAUCUAUCACCAGGAUCAUUUUUAUUAUAUCCACGUGGACAAGCGUUCCAAUUAUUUACACCGGCAAGUGCUCCAGUUCGCAAGCCAGUAUCCGAAUGUGAGAGUCACCUCCUGGCGCAUGGCCACCAUCUGGGGCGGAGCCAGUCUUCUGUCCACCUACCUGCAGAGUAUGCAGGACCUCUUGGAGAUGAAGGACUGGCCGUGGGACUUCUUCAUUAACCUCAGUGCUGCGGACUAUCCUAUCAGGUAACAAGACCGA